UCCUCCAUUUUGAUAGAAAGAUCAAUUUUCACAUGCUUCAUAACUAAACAUGUUCUUUCUAUAAAAAAAAAUGGGUUGGACUAAUAAUUUUGGACCGAAAUUUACAUAUAGUAAUAAUUUAUUUUUUGGGGUUUUUUGAAGGUCCACCUGGGCUACAGCCCAAGGCAGCCCUUCACUGGUUCCGCCUUUGGAUCAAUCCCAACUCACGAUUUGAGGCUAUGAGCUUUGGCCUGGCUUUAAACAGAACCUUGCAUGUGGACAGUGUGAUUGGUCCACGAGACUAGUCUAGGUGCGCCGCGUGCAUAAGUUGGUUCAUACAUGAGUUGAAAAUUAUAAAACAAUCUCUCGCUUGUGUUUAGUGUUUAAUAACUUCCUGCAUACAUCCAUAGGUUUUUUUUUUAGAAUUCAUGCCAAGUUUUUAUUUUUUGGGAGUGUUUUUGUGCUCCAACUAACAGUUGCGAGUUGACAACAAUGUUGGUAGCUUGGGGAGGACUGUUUGUUUGUUUUUUUAUUCUGUUUUCUUCCAUUUUGUCUCUUCCUGGCGGUACUGGAUAUUCUAGCUAGCAAGAAUCCAAUUUUGUAUCUCCCACUUGUCCAGCCAAAUCUAAAGGAGAUUGGACAACUUUUGUUGACCGGACAAAAUUUACACAUAACCAUACUUUCAUCUCACCGAAGGAAUUGGUGUUCGUUUGUAAUUCCUUGUAUAAUGUAACUUAGAAAAAUGCCUAGUACUUUUGGAGUGUGUGUGUAUAGACACACACACAAAUAUAUGUACAGAUAGAGGAAUUUUGCAGUGUCGGGUAGGUAUAUCUCAUGUGAUAUCCCGUACCCGCUCCGCACAUUCGGGCCAUCCAAUAUACUUUUGGAGGUUCGGAUUGAAACCCUUUCUCUCCUCUUAUUCUAACACUUUCCCUCCUUUUUUUUCGGUAGAAGAACGCUUCACAAAUAAUAUAAUUAAGAGUUUACAAUUCUAGAGGGUAUGAAACCCCAACCAAAUCCGCAGGAAACAAACUAGAAAUACAACUAGGCAUAUAAGGGUAGAUGAGAAAAUCUCCCACCAAGACCAAGACGUCAUUUGCUAAUGAAUCGGCACACCAUUAGCUUCACGGUAGACGUGCUUGAUAGAGAUCACUUCAAGAUCUUGCAUCAGGGACUUGCUAUCAAAUAAGAUAGAAUUAGGCUUGUCUGCAGUCCACACUGCAGAGAUGUGGUUGGAAGGUGUUGAACCGUCGGAUGGUGUUUUUAACGGUCGAAAUUUUAAAAAAAAACUUUUUCGGGAAAAAGUUAAAACCGUUCAUCUUUACAUCCAAUGGUCCAUUUGAUGAAAAGAUAAACGGUUGAGAUUGGACUACAUGGAUUGUCUGCAGUCCAACCGCAAAGAAUCCGCUUCCAUAAGAUAUUGCCAAAUAAGAUAUUCCCUCUCUCCCCUCUUACAGAUGCCAUUUUUCACAAAACUAUCUUCUUUUCUUUUAAGAAUGAAUUAUUUGACCUUUCUGCAAUGUUACUUCCUUUUAGUUUAUAUUAACUUUAAAUGGGUCGUGUUACCAAAAAAUACCCUCGAGAGAAGGAACAGAGGAGGAGUUAACAAAUGCGUUUCUAAACACUGGUCAAGAAAAUUAACUCUUUAAUUUAGUAUUAAGUACGCUUCUAAAAGUAAAAAAUAUGUUCAAAAUAAAAGUCAAAGAAUCUGUUAAUUGGAGACUGGGAGUACAUUAAAUUUACUGUCUUUUCAGCUUGUUUUAAAUAAAAGAGUAUAUAGCCCCCGAGUAAAUCCGGUUGGUUGGUUGGCGGAUUUGCUCCCUAUGACCGAAUUUGAUUGUGAGGGGAAAUUUUUCAGUGCCGGAUACAUAUCACGUGAUAAAAUAAAAUAAAAAUUUUCCCUCUCUUUCCAACCUAGGCGCCGUACCUCACAGCUCACACCAUGAAAUCCCCUCCUAAAAAUCACAACUUCGUGGGAAGCAAGGGAUUUUGGUCGUACAAUUACACAUACUGUUGACAAUAUAUCCGAAUGUAUACGAAUAAUCCUUCAUAUGGGUGCCCAAUUGAGAUAGAAAACAUACACUUAAAGAACCACAGCUGCAAUAACUCUAGGGUUGGCCUACUGGUAUUGGCUAGGGAUUUCGAGGUUUGCUUCCUUGGUGGUCUUGGCUUGGGAUAUUAGGGUUUGCUCCCUCCUAAGGUUUUGGGUUCAAGUGUGUGAAAAAUAGUGCUGCUAAUUGAACCAAGUUCGGAUAAAAAAUAAAAAAUAAAAAAUUGAACCAAGUUACUCUACUUCGAGCUCAUGUUCGUUUGUUAAGAGCUUGUUCAAGAUCGUUUUGUUUCAUAAAGAAAUCAAGCUUGGACAUUUUUUUGAAGCUCGUUCAGGCUUCAAAUCAAGCUUGAACAAAUAACUACUCAGCUCGUUCGCCUUAUGAAAGAAUAAAAAAUUCGAGCUACUCGAGAUUAGCUUGGGUUUGGUUUGAUUAAAGCUCGCUUGAGCUCGGCUCGUCUCGUCUCACAAGUAAGCUAAGCUCGAACAUAUUUUUGGAGCUCGCUAAGUUUUCAAGCCAAGCUUGAUCAACCACUUGCUUGGCUCGUUUGGCUUGUUUAUCACCUUUAGUGAAAAGGCUAUGGGAGGGGCCGUAGGAAUUAAUCAGAGGUGCACGCAAGCUGGCCUAGGACACCCUGUAUUACCAACAAAAAUGAAAAAAAAAAAAAACCUCAGCUGCUAUUUAUCUGCCAAAAGGAUGCUGAUGACAGAUCGUCUCCAUUUUGUCUUAAAUCCUGCUGAUAAUAACCAAGUGAAACUAAGGGAAUAUGGAUAAUCGCGUAGAAGAGAGGCUACUUGGAUCAGAAGAGGAAGGUCGUAGUGAUCUAAAAUGGAGGAUUUGGGUUGAAUCCAAAAAGAUAUGGAGGGUUGCAGCUCCUGGGAUUUUAGCCAGAGUAACGUCAUUUGGCCUCCUGGUGGUGACACAAUCUUUCAUCGGACAUAUAAGUGAAUUGGAUCUUGCAGCCUACGCACUUGUACAAACACUGACUGAGCGGUUUGUAAUGGGGAUACUAUUGGGAAUGUCGAGUGCAACUGAAACUCUUUGUGGGCAAGCAUUUGGAGCAGGGCAACACCACAUGAUGGGUAUAUACUUGCAACGAUCCUGGAUUGUUGAUUUUGUCACUGCGACUAUCUUGCUCCCUUUGUUCAUCUUCGCAACACAAAUCUUUGAGCUACUUGGUGAAGAAACAGUGAUCUCAAAAGUAGCCGGAACAAUCUCCAUCUGGUUCAUUCCCUACAUCUACAACUUAGUCUGCUCCUUGACCAUCCAAAUGUAUCUGCAAGCACAGCUGAAGAACAUGGUCAUAGGGUGGCUUUCAGCUGGGUCAUUCAUUUUACAUUUGGUCCUGUCCUGGUUAUUCGUGACGAAACUGAGCCUUGGAUUACCUGGCGCAAUGGGUGCAUUGAACAUAUCUUAUUGGCUAGCGGUGUUCGGAGAGUUUGCGUACAUUUUCGGAGGUUGGUGCCCUCUCUCAUGGAAAGGAUUCUCCAAAGCUGCCUUCUCUGAUCUAUGGCCUCUUAUAAAGCUCUCAGUAGCCUCCGGCGUAAUGCUUUGCCUAGAGUUGUGGUACAAUUCCAUUUUAGUUCUGAUCGCCGGAUACAUGUCAAAUGCAGAGGUUGCCAUUUCUGCCUUCUCGAUCUGCCUUAAUGUCAGUGCUUGGCAGUUCAUGGUGUGCCUCGGUUUCCUUGGUGCUUCAUGUGUGCGUGUUGCAAAUGAAUUGGGAAGAGGUGAUGCGAAAGCUGUGAAGUUUUCGAUUAUAGUUGUUCUGGCUACUUCAGUCCUGCUUGGGUUGGUGUUCUGCAUCCUUUGUUUAAUAUUUGGCAGCAGCAUCGGCUACAUUUUCUCAAGCAAUGAGGAAGUUAUCGAAACUGUUGCAGACCUCUCCGUGUUACUUGCCGUCACAAUGCUAUUCAAUAGCAUUCAGCCGGUGCUCACGGGGGUGGCCAUUGGUGCCGGUUUGCAGGGUACAGUGGCUGUUAUAAACCUCUGUUGCUAUUAUGUAAUUGGGAUUCCAAUAGGAGUUCUUCUUGCUUAUGUUGCUGAUCUUGAAGUUAAGGGAAUAUGGAUCGGAAUGCUUUCUGGGAUCGCAAUGCAAAUCCUUGCACUAGCCUUCAUGGUAUGGAGAACUGACUGGGAGUUGCAGGUGAGUAAGGCAUCCGAACGGCUCGGUCGAUGGUUUUUGAAACCCGAGGAACCAGAUGAAAACCUCAAUAGUCAUGCUUGAUACUUGGGAGAACUGGAGAUUUCUCAAUGAAAUAUCUAUAUCAGUAGACGGCAUUUUCAUGUUUCGUUAAUUUCUCCGAAUUUUGAUUGUCCUACUCCUAGAGGUUCCAAAACUACCGUAGAAAUUCGUCGGUUUUCGUUAGUUCGGCAAUAUGGGUAAUCCAGACAUCGGAGAUUUGAGUUAAGCUAACUAUGUUUUGCUAAUAACUGUGAAAUUGGGGCUCAUAAUUUUGCUACAGUUUGCAAGUACAUACUGCCUGUGCUGCUUUUUGCUCAAGUUAAAGGUUUAGCAAUGCUGUUUUAUUUAAUUUUGAUUUUCUA